GUCCUUAUUCAUUGGUCACGCUGGUCUACCGUGUUUAUUUCCGGAAGUAAGUUGUUGUCAGUCUCAGAGUUUCCUGACUAUUAAACCGCAAACCUAUAGCACCGCUUCGACAGCUUCCCUACUAUAGGUGUGUCCAAAUACGCAGGAUGGCACAUUGGUUUCACAGAAACCCACUAAAGGCUACAGCACCUGUGUCCUUUAAUUUCUACGGAGUGGCAGGGAGCCCCGCUGCCAACAAGAUAUGCAAUAAUCUGAGGACAACCCGGGCAAGGCUGCUGGAGAUGUUCACUGAUAUCACCUGCAACCCAGAGAUCAUGAAGAAUGCCACCGAUGCAUACUUCUCUCUUCUGCAAGGCUUUAUUGUUUCUCUGGAUGGCACUACACAGGAGAACAAAAUGAGGUUCAUCCAAAACUUCAAGUGGACUGACACUUUACAAGGAAACACACCAAGUGCCCAGCAGGAUGCAGUCUUUGAGCUGGUCUCCAUGGCCUUCAACGUUGCCAUCUGGUACACCAAGUUUGCCUCAAGACUCGCUGGGAAGGAAAACAUAACAGAGGCUGAAGCCAAAGAUGUUCACAGAAGCUUGAAGGUUGCUGCGGGAAUAUUCAAAAACCUAAAGGAGGUCCACAUCCCUCGUCUCAUCACUCCGGCUGAAAAGGGAAGAGACCUGGAGCCCAGAGUAAUUGAUGCUUAUAUCAUCCAGUCUCAAGCAGAGGCACAAGAAGUGACGAUUGCCAGAGCCAUUGAACUGAAGCACAAUGCCUCAAUUAUUGCAGCUUUGGCAUAUGAGACGGCAAACUUCUAUCAAAAAGCUGAUCACACUCUGAACACUUUAGAGCCAGAGUGCAGCAGCAAGUGGAGGAAGUAUCUUCAGCUGAAGCAGCACUUUUACAUGGCUUAUGCGUACUGCUACCAUGGACAGACUCUGCUGGCGAGUGAUAAGUGUGGCGAGGCUAUAAGAUCCCUGCAGGAGGCAGAAAAGUGUUACUCCCGUGCUGAAGCGCUGUGUAAAGAGUACCGUCAGACCAAAGGCCCGGGAACCACGGCCAAACCCUCGGAGCAGCUGUUCUUCAUUAAACUGGGCGGCCUCAUUAAAAACACGCUGGAAAAGUGCCAGAGAGAGAAUGGCUUUAUAUACUUCCAUAAAGUCCCAGCUGAGGCGCCCCAGCUGGAGCUGAAGGCGAGCUACGGCCUGGCUGAGCCAGUCACCUUCGAGCUGCCGUCUCUCAGCGAGCAGUGCACCGCUGAGGUCUACGCCACCUUUGAUCUGACCAAGGGGGCCAAAAAUGACAAGGCCAAACCGAAGGAUGAGGAGGUGAAGCCGGUGAAGGAGCCAGAUUUGAAGCCUCAGAAAGACACAGGCUGUGUAAUCUCCUAAACUGUCCACACAUCACUUUUUUCCAGCCUCAUGCUCCAGUACUAUCAGUUAGAAUGACUGCACCUAUUAUUAUUACUUCUGCAGGUGUCAAUCCAUAGUGUUUUACAUUCAUGCUGAAACACGUUCAUUGUAUUUGGAUGUGAGACAUUAUUAUUAUUCCUGAUGUGCAUUUGACUCAUUUGAAGCCUGUCACUGGUAGUGUUGUACACACAGGAUGCUCCUCCUCUUUUACUGUCUGCUUGUCGGCAUUUUCAAUUAUCCCAUUUCUUUGCGAAAGAAAACCAACCUAUGUGCUUAAAAUGGCAUGUUUUUAAAAGAAAUAAGAUCGUGCAAAAAUGUUUUCAUUUAAGAUCUACAAUAAACACAUUUGCAAUAUUUAGGGUCUAACUACCAAGAAAACUUCCCUCUGAGACCAUUUUUUUCCAGGGCACUGCUGCUGCAUCCUGAGCUUCAAGCUGUGAAAGAUGACGAUCCCUCCAUACCAGACUAAUUAUUUAGUAAGACAACCGGAGCCUGAGCCACUAAAACAUCACCAUUUCCAACAGCUAAAUUUAAAGUAAAAGGGAAAAAUUAGUUCUAGCAGGUCUGAGUUAGUAAUGAUGUCAGGUCAUAGGGCUGCUAAUAGGUUGCGAUGAUAAAUAAGCCUUAUGGUGACAGUUUUAUCAGUGGUGCCUUUGGCUGCAAUGUUCCUUGCAUGCUUCUGGUUUUUAACUUCUCUGUUCAUUCAGAGGAUUUUCCUGAUUUUUUCUAUGACUCAAAUAAAUUUACCUGACUUUGUAAAUAUGCUGGAAGUGGCUUCAGAAUAUGCACGCAAAUAAAAAGCACUUAGACCCCCUAAAAUGACCAGAAAAUAAAGACAUAAGUACAGACAUCAAUGUUGAAUAUUUGACACUACAUUUAAGUAAAUUAGUUAAUCAGUCUGUUAAUUAUUAAAAUUGUGUCAGAUUGCUUGAAUGCAUCUCUAGCUGAGAUUUGUUUAAAUCUCCAUCAAAAUACUUUGAUUAUUGAUGGGAAUGCACAUUCUCAGUGGACAGACAGCCUGGACUGGGUGUGAUUACUGCUGGUGAAUGUGGUUUGUUGUGGCUCUAGCAGUUUACAAUCAUUAUUUAGAUCAAUUACAUUUAUUCUUAUCCUUUUUUUGUACAUUACAUAAUGUAGCUGUUUACUACUUCUUUCAUUUAAAGAAACUUAAAUAUUGGAUAGGGCUGAAUCCUUCUUCAACAACUUCAGCGCAUUUGGGAGAUAAAAGAAUUUCUGUUAUAUUUAGAGAUUUUAAUGCACAUAAGAUGGUAUAAAGUGUUGUGUAACCCAAAUGUUGCUGGCUGUGUUGAUUUGAAUUUUCAGUGGGUUCUUCAGAGUAGGCACAAACCCGUACAAUGCAAAGUCUUGUAAGCUUUCCGGUUGCUGCUGUCCGCAGAUAAUGCACGUAUGUACUAUACGUGUGUGUGUGUGUUUUCCUGAAGGACUGAAAUAGUUUUAGAUCAUCCUGAAAAGCUUGUACAUUCAGAUCUUUCCCACAUUUGAAUAAAUGCAAAAUUUAAAAAAAGCUGUCAAGCUAUAAAUGGUCAAGUCUCUGGAAACUUGUAUAAACUGUAAUAUAUUGCUUACAUGUACUAACUUAACCCAUGUGUACUUUUGCUUACCUAAUGCAGUCUUAAAGUAGGUAAAAGCAGACAGCUGCUGAACUCACUGAAGUCCUUACUGUAACAUCUGCACUUUAUAUGAAGUUAUGCAUAAAUAUAAGUUGGUUUGACUGACUUGUAGGUGAUUACACUUGGAGCAGUGGAUUUUGUUUUUGAAGCACUAAGUAAAUCUGACCAACGCUGAUUCUUUAUCCUUUUUAGGCAACUGUUUAUCAGAAGGGCGAAAUAUAACGGUGUGUGUCCUUGUUGCUCCUUCCUCCUCUAAUGGUGUCCUUCAUGUAAAAUGUUAUUCAUAUGGUAUUAAAACAUUACAAAAGUU